CUCCCGGGGCGGAGCGGAGCGGGCCGGCGGGGGCCACAUCCCCUCAGGAGAAGCCGAGACCCCUCCUCGCUUCCCGUCCCGUCCCGUCCCGUCCCCGCCCCGCCGCCGGCAGCCGCCAGCCCCGGGGCGAGCGCCCACAUCCGCGCGGCGGCCCCGGCAGCGCCGCCUCCGCCCCCGCCUGGGCCCAGCCUCGGCGCCGGGCUCCCGCAGAGGGAGGUGCUCCGCGCCCCGCUCGGCCCUCCGCCGCCGCCGACAGCGAGGAGAGAGGCGCAGGCGGCGCGGCGCUCCCGGGGGACAGGUUCCUAAAAAUUAGCACUAUGACUGAUGGAGACUAUGAUUAUCUGAUCAAACUCCUGGCCCUUGGAGACUCUGGGGUUGGAAAAACAACGUUCCUGUACAGAUACACCGAUAACAAAUUUAAUCCGAAAUUCAUCACGACAGUAGGGAUAGAUUUUCGGGAAAAACGAGUGGUAUACAACAGCAGAGGACCAAAUGGAUCUCCAGGAAAAGCCUUCAAGGUACAUCUCCAGCUCUGGGACACAGCCGGACAGGAAAGAUUUCGCAGUCUCACCACGGCGUUUUUCAGAGAUGCGAUGGGCUUUUUACUAAUGUUUGAUCUCACCAGUCAACAGAGCUUCUUAAAUGUCAGAAAUUGGAUGAGUCAGCUGCAAGCCAAUGCGUAUUGUGAGAAUCCAGAUAUAGUCUUAAUUGGCAAUAAAGCUGAUUUGUCAGACCAAAGGGAGGUAAACGAAAGGCAAGCAAAAGAACUGGCAGACAAAUACGGCAUACCGUACUUUGAAACAAGUGCUGCUACCGGACAGAACGUGGAGAAGGCUGUGGACACGCUUCUGGACUUGAUAAUGAAGCGUAUGGAGCAGUGCGUGGACAAGACGCAGGUCUCCGACACAGCCAACGGGGGAAGCUCGGGAAAGCUAGAUUCAGCAAAAGCGGAGGAGAAGAAGUGUGCCUGCUAAACGUCACCUCUAAACUGUGAGAACCAGUGAAAACAUCUCAUCAAAUUAUGGCUGACCUACCACCAAAUUCAAACCGGCUCUCCUGAGCCGUGCAGAGAAGCAAAGUUACAUUUGUUUUAUUGGGAUUGUGCAUUUUUCUCCAAAGAACUGGUUUAAAGCUAAAAGCUGUGUUUCAGUGAGGCUUUUGUGCUGAAAUGAUUCUUCCUGAUACGGUGCCAUCUUCAUGGAAAACUCUCCCACCUCUUCUUCCCCACUCCUCUUCCCCCAGCCCUCAUCUUUAUUUUUCAUGUGAUCAGGAUACUGAAUAGAGGAAAGUAGCUUUAUUUUUUUAAAAUAAGAGGGAAAGAGCCUAUUGUCUGCAUACACUGGAUAUUGAAAUUAAAACGGAGGUGGGUGGUUUUCUAGGUCUGUGCCAUUUUUCCACAGAAUCCUGUUUCUUUAUAAUUCUUAAUCUGCGUCAGGGACCGUGGGUUUUCUAAGGUGGAGCUACAAAAUAUUUUACGUGGCCUGUUAAGAAAAACUUUAUCACUUGCACAGGGUAAGCAAUGCUGUGAAUCUGUCCUGACUGAAUCACUGCGGCGGUGGUCGGGGGGGAGUGGGUUGUGUGUGUGGUUUGGGGUUGGGGGCAGAAAGUAGGGCGUUUAAUGAAUUUUUUUUUAAAAAAAUCAUUAUCAGGGAAUUGUGCAGCAUUGCUUGUGUUGCCAAUAAUCCAAGCAGGGAUUGGAGCUUUAUGGGAGAGGGAUUCUGACGCUGCAGGGACAGUUUAUAAAGAAGGGAGUAAAAUGUAUGGGAACAGAGGUAAACUAUAUUUUAUGAAACAGCUUCUUACCAUUAGCAGAAAACUAUUCUCCCCUCCUCAACUUAAGGAAACGAUCCUUUUUCUUCCUUUUUUCUCUGGGUAACUGCGUUUCGCAGGCAGGACACGGGCAAGAACUUGUGGCUGUUUGCCCUGCCUAGAAGGGAACUGUAAAUGCUGCUGUGCUGAGAGCGCCUUUAAAUUACCGCUGCAGCUUCGCCGGCUCCUCCGGACACUGAGGUUUUCAACAAGACGGCUUUCUCACACUCUUAAAUUCUCUGUGGGAGGGCAAAAUGGGGAAAAAAAAAAAUGGGAUGCGGGGACUUGGAAUGACGGGAGCGUGUUGCAGAAGUUUGCGGGUUAUCUCAGCGCAAGGGGUAGAAGUUGCUCCUGGUGGCGUGCUGCAGCGGAAGGGUUGAGCAAAGGAUUUCUUCUACGGGUGAAAGCAAGUUCUAGUGAAAUAGCAAGUUGCUUAUCACAAACAAAGACAAAUACAGGAAAAAAAUAAAGACAAAUACUAUAUUUAUAAGUAUAGAUCAUUUUCUAAACCAAGUUACAGCAUAUUUAUUAGUCUACCCUGUCGUUUUUUGUAGAAUAACUGUUCUGUAUUUAUACAGGUGGUAGUUAAAGGUCUAUUUGUGUUUCUUGCGCUUUAAGCUGCUUUCAAAUCACUCAGGAGGGUGCAGACUGGGGGUUAAAAAUUGAUCUCUCUACAGGUCAAGCUUAAUCGGUUGGGUUGGCAGGAUUGCGGGCUUUCAUUUAUUUAACUGUUUUCAGCUUCGAUUGAUUGGAAAUUGCAAACUUUGUGAACAGCAAGCUCGUAAAGUGUUUCGGUGCUUCCCAAAAAUGGAGAAUUUACCAGAUUCACUGCUGAAAAAAAUAACAGCUUUUUCUGCCCAGCUCCUAAAACGGCGUUUACUUGGCGAUUUGGCGUGUUAAGAGGGCAGAUGGUACGUCCGUAGGAGCAGACCCAUUGGGUGAGUAACCAAAUAGGUGCGAUUACCGUGCCGGAAAUCUAACUUGCAGGCUGUAAAGAUUAAGAUCAUAUAAGUGAUAGGCUCUACCUAAGGCUAUGCAUAGCGUAUACUAUACAAACAGGUAUAAUGCAGGUCCUGUUAUAGGCUAUAAACAGUCCGAACACCUCAAGAGGUGGAAAAGCUGUUGUGGUAGUCGACAGGUGGUUUGCCAGGGAGAAGAUAUAAGUAGGCUGAUAGCAAUCAGGCUGAUACGCAGUUCCUCCAUUUCCUGAGAUACACAGACUGGAAGUUCAGGGAGUUUUUUGAAGUGAAGUUGUAUUGCUUUUUAGUAUCUAGCAUAAAAUGUAAACGUUUUUUUUUUUUUUAAAAAAAGAGUCUUGAAUUCCUGAAAAUGGUGAUCUGAGGAGCUCCCUGUCUCACUUUCAAAGAAAUCUCUCAUUUUGUGGCGUCAGGUUUUUGUCCGUUGAACAGGAAUGAAGGAAGUUGCUACGAACGGUAAACUAGCAAGAGCCAAGCAAAGCCUGCUUCCCAGAGCGGCCCAAGUACAGCUUGUCUAAAAGCUGUUACAAAGCUGGGAGCGCCUUCAGUAGCAGACAGAUGAUUCAUACAAAGGUGUGUAAAAUCCCAAACCUGGCGCUGUUUCAAAGCACCUUGAUGAAGCUCGGUUGCUUCUACUUACCUCUCCGCCUGCUGAAACUAGCACUCUCAGAAUAAUCAGAAUUAGACAGAAAUACAGCAGUGAUACCCAGGACAGUGUGGCCUGGGGGAAGGUUUCUCCUAACCUUGCCAGUGAGCUCCAGUGGCUUGUCAGAGCGGGCGGCCCCUUCCCAGGGAGCUCCGUUCCAGAAGGGUACAGCCUCUGAAACUCCCCAGCGCGGAUGGAGCGGGCGCACGGGCGCCCCUCGCAGCCCAGCGCUGCGCGAGGGGUCUCUUUGGGAACGAAGGGGGAAUGGCUGUAGUAAACCUUCCGUUGCUGGGCUUGUAUUUAUAUAUUUGUGAAUACAAGAAAUCGAUUAUUAUUCUCUGUGGUUUUUUUUUUUAAAAAAAACACAGAUCUGUGACUGCAGGUGAAAUUAUUCUCCCAAAAGGAUUUUGCCAUCAAAAUUUUGUUUGGAGGGAAGGGAGAGAGGUUUGAACGUGUUCCCCGAUAGGUGGUAUAGUAUCUCUUCAUUAAAUGAAGAAGAGGAACAUGAUAAAUGAUUCUAAAUGGCUACUAACAGCUUUGUUGCUUAUCAGGUUGACUCUCCAAAAACCUAGAUAACAAACCCUUACUAAAAAUCGCCUUCUGUCCCCUCUCCAUCAUCGUUUGAUUCUUGCUCCAUUUUAUUUCUUCAUAACUAUUCCUCUUAGGUUUCCCACGCCCACCAGCAGAUUCGCUUUCUUCUAUGUCCACUUGGCGACGUCCGUCUGUCUUCCCGCAGCGUCACGGCUCCUGCGAGCCCCCGCUGAGCGACCGCAGCCCUGCACGGAUGACUCAGGGCCACUCCUUGCUGCCGUGGUAGGAACCGAAAGCGAUAGCAGUGUUAAGGAUCACAAGUUCUGUGCAAUAUCCGGAGAAUAAUGGUAUCUGCAGCGAGGAGCCAACCUUACAGGGGGGCUGCUCACAGUCUUGCAGAGCCGUGCCUGUAUGGAAGGGAACUUUUCUACCCCACACGCUGGCAGACCCUCUCCCACAUCUACCCAGUACCCGCUGUCUGGUUGAAGGGCUUUCCUUCGCUCCUGCCGUAGCUCUGUAAUGGGUCCCCUUAGGUCACUUUUCCAGCAGCAGCGUGGUGAGCUGGAGGCACCCUCCUGCUGCUUGAGACCUGCUGGAAAAGAGCUGGCAGGGCAGCGCAGCACAGCCCAGGCAUCUGUACAGUGGGUACAGGCUGCUCGGGCGCCGGCGAGGCGCAGCCGCUUGGCACAGCGCUUUCCUGGUUCCAGCUCUUCCGACUGCACUGCAAACUCCUGAACGUAUCCCUCGCCGGAGCCACGUACCCUACCGUUUUCAUUCUCUUUGCACUCCUGUUGCUCGAAGCGUUUCACUUGGACGUGGUCAGACCUAUAAAUCCUUCCAGGACACCGGCCUGGGAAGUUAAUUUGCUUUCACUUAACGUCUCUGGAAGGAUACAGCCUCAUCCCACCCCACUAGAAAUUGAAUCCAGAUUCUGCUGUUGCAAAACUUGAUUAUACAUAUUUGAAUUGGAAGUUAAGCAUUUGCUUUUGAGCAGGCUUGUUUGCAAGCCUGCUAGGUGUCCCGCAUCAGGGCUGGAGAUGGAGAGAAGGCCCUGUGAUAUUUUAUCCAGGGUGAUCCUAAAAAUUAAACAUCAGUGCAGGUAUUCUAACCCUGUGGGCUUUUGUCUUGGAUUUCGGUGCAGGCACUGGUUUCUCAAGGUCUCUUUUCUGUGUCCUUUUAGAAAUACCUUACUGCAGUUUUCCAGUAUCCCUCUUGCUGCAGCCUUAGCGCGCAGCAUGUGUGAUAACUUCCGAACUGAACAGUGCUGUGCACUGACAACGGUGACGGCAACAGCCGUCCUUCGGAGGCGCGGCUUGCGGGAUCUUAUGCCGAGAAUAAUCUUGGUUUCCUUUUCCCUCUGCAUAGAUCUGCCUUCCUCGUCUCCAGCAGCCGUCUCAGGCUGUGAUAUUAACCACGACAGUUCAAAUUACCCGACUUCUUGUUGAAUCUGUUCCCUUCAUCCUCUUGGCGUGUCCCGGUUAACUCACGUAUACAGCGUAACAGCGCGGCACCUCUUGUCUCAUCCUUAAGAGCUCGCUGUAGCCUGUUCUACCCGAUCUAGAGGUAUUUUUGUCCUCCCGGUUUUAAGCAUGAAUGUAAAAAUGUUAAUACACUGUGCCAGAGUAGUGCUGGAGGGCUGCCCCGCGGCCGCAGGCACUACGGGGGGACCCCCUGGUUGCGGCUCCUUCCGUUCGCCUGCAGCCUUUCGCUCCGUGUGCCUCGGCAGGAGAAACGCGUCCCUUCUCCCUUGCUAAAUAUUUGCUUUGCCAAAGCGGGGUGCCGAAGUCUGGUGUUGCCGCUCCGUUUCCCAGCUGCCCCGUUUAGCGAAUUCAGACCCUGGGGGUGAGACUCGGAGGAGCGAGGAAUCGUUCCGUCAGCUGGGAAUGUUUUUAAGCUGUUGUUGCUGCUUUUACUCUGGCAUUUGUGCAUCCUUUGCUGGCCUUGCCCUCGCCGUCCCCUGGAAGUAAUAGUGCCGCGACCUUCUUUAGGUCUUCUUGCAUCCCCAAGAAUGCAAGAAAGGAAGCGUGCUGUUGUCAAAUGGGACUUUUCUUUUUUUAAUGCAUUGAAAAUACCUUUUUGGCUGUAGAAACCGUUCCAGCAGUGAAUUUACGCUGCCUGUGGUUGCAUUAUGCCACUCCGGUGCCUCGGCCAGCCCUGCUACCAGGUGGGCGAGGGGAGAUGUGGGCCAGUGCCAGGGCAGGGUCCUGCGCUGCUUUGCAUCCUCACGAAUAAAACGAGUCGCCUGCGGAGGCAGGCGGAGGGGUGGGAAUGCCUAGGGCUGGCUGGAAGUUGCAGGACAGAAGCGGUACUAGAGGCAGCACGCUUUAGAUAAGAGAAAUGCCCUUGAGUGUUUAUGGGGUUUACCAGAGAGCCCAGUUUGAGAAGUUACUUAAGCUUGUGCGUAAGUGCUUGGCUGAAUUGGGUCUGGAGUGUCUCUGGGAAGUACGGAGAUACCGUCAGGGCAAAACAACUAGAGCUAAAAUGGUGUAAAAUAAAAAAAAAAAAUCACACAGAAGUACCUCCUCCACAAACAUACAGAUGCGAAUGAGCUUAUUUUUAUUAUAUUUUAAAUAUAUUGUCCAGCCAUGAAGAAGAUUAUUCUGCUCAGAGCCACGGCAGCGUUGGAAACGGUGGGGGGCCGGGAGAUAACAUGUGGCACAUCAUGUAUUUUAGCCUUCACAGUCGUUUGAGCUUCUGCUUUCAUUUUACGAAAUAUUUUUAUCUGUGAUCAGCUAGUAAAGCGUGGGUUUCUUUUUCUUUUCCUUGUUCUAAUGACUCAUUUCCAAACAAAAGCAUUUGGCAGGAGAGCUCAGCCAGGGGCCCUGCUCUGCCCUGGCAGGUACCAAGCUGCAGUUACAGCCCUCGCAGGUGGCACCACCUCAUUUCUCAGCCUGGCUGAUGCGGUUUCCCCACUCCACCAUCUCCUCUUCCAGCCAGGGUGCUGCGGCAGAGCCCCCUUGGAGCCCCGGUCGAGUCCUGAGCCCGGCAUCCAGCUCAGCUCCCUGCCCCGGGAGAGGUCGUGGUGCUAAAGAAAACCAGUAGCAGGGACUUAAGUAACUCAUGUCUCUUUUGUAGCCUUUGCCUUCUGUGGUUUUUUGCAAGAGGAAGGGUAUUUGCUUCUCAAAACAAAAAAAAAAAAGGAAAAAAAGAAGGGGUUUGGGUGCUUGAAACGUGUUUUUUUUUCUUCUUAAGAGGAAACCUAGGGCAAGAGCGGGCAAUUUGCCGACUGCUCACGCAGCUGCGACUGACAGUAAGUGUGAGGUAGCAAAGGACAUUUGAGAGCAGCGGCCAUUGCCUUGCUGUCUUGGUAACCUUAUAAAAACCGAUUGCCUUAACUGCUUUCUGAAGGCUGCAUCUUAUUUAACCUUCUGAAUGUGUAAAGGGUUGUCACGCAUACGUUUACAUUUUAGAGGUUUGGAUCGCCUAAGGAGCUUCAUUAGAAGUUGUGUGAGAUGUGGUUGCGAUACCGGCUCCGUAGCGACUCUGUGGGACUGUUGUAAGUGAGGGGUUUUAUCGCCUAGAACUAUUUCCAUCUGUGGAUACAACUGAAGUUUUCAGCCCAAACUUUACCGAAAAAAAAAAAUAAUCUGGAGCUGUUAUUUUAAAAUCUGUAUUCUUGGCACUGUGACUGAAGAAAAGUAGCAAGCGUAAAAAUAACCUGGAAGUGACUGCUAUUUUUAUACAGGUGUGAACACUGUAGGAGUUUCAGACCAUGCUCUGAUCUUACUCAGAAGGAAAAGGAAGGGGGGG